AUGAACACAAGAAAUACAUAAAGGUCAAUAGAUCCAAAAAAAGGAAAGUAGCAAUAAAAAUCAGUUAGCAAAAGUAGAAGCAAAAGCAAUAAUAUAACUUAAAGCAAUGAAAAGAUAAAAAGGAGUUAAAGAUUAAAGUCAAAAGAUGAGAUGAUAGAUUCGGUUUAAGAACCCAAUAUUUUCGUCUAGAAAGAUAAAAAUAAACAAUAAUAAUCUAAAAGUAAAUCUAAGAAUUCAACAAAAGAAUCAGAAAAAAAGCCUUAAAAAAGAGCAUUUAAAAUUGAGAUACCUAAAUAAAAUGAAUAAAAAUUAAAAAAAACUUAAGAAUCAAAUAAAACAAUAAUAAAUUUGACUAAAUAGUAGAAAUAACAAUUAAAAUCAUAAUAGCUAACAAAAGCUGUAAUUGAGUAAUAAAUACACACUGAAUCAAAGAAAAGGGAAUACAAUAAGCAAAAGAAUAAAAAUGAUAAUUUAGAAAAAACUAAAAAUAAUCAUAAUAUUGUUACUAUUGAUUCCAGCAAUGAUGAAAAUGAAAGUGAAUAUGAAAUUUCAGAUUGUCAUAUUUCAGUUUCUGUAUAUAAUAAUGAUAAUGAAAUAGAUAUAGAUAAAAAUGAAUAGUCUGUAGAUGUAAAGUAAAAUAAAAAUAAAAAUAUGAUAGAUAGUAGAGGAAGAAGUAAAAAUAGCCUUAAAAUUAAAAAAACAUAUUCUUCUAGCUAGUAAAAGAGUUAAGAAAAAUAGUAAGUUAAAGAAUCAACUGCCAGCAAAAGGAUUACUCGUAGCCAAUAAAAUUUUGAACUUACAGAGUUAUAAGAUACAAAGGCAAAAAGUGCUUCAAAAAACAAAACAAUAAAUUCGGAAAAGCAAAAUUAAAAAAUGAAUUCUAAAGAAAAAAUUGAUACAAGCAAAGACAAGAAUCCAUCAUUAAUUGAAAGUGAAAAACCUAAAAGAGGAAGAAAGCCUAAAUAAGUAGAGAUAUUAAAUGAUAAAAUUUAAGAAAAAGAGACAGAUUAGUAAAAAACACCUAAAAAGAGGGGGAGAAAAAGUAAAUAAGAAGCAUUGUUAGAUAGAAGAAACAUUAAGGAGAUAUAAUAAUAAAAAGAGUACGAAGAGAAAUAAUAAAAGAAAUCUUCAUCUAAAGAAUCUUAAAAAUUAACUCAAGCCAGCGAACAUUUUAACUUUUAAGCGCUAAUUUAUUAAUAAAAACCCGCCAAAAAAGAGUUACGUAUUGAAGACAAGAAUUAUUAAAAAAUAAAUGUUAAACCAAAACAUAAUAUUUAUGAUUAAGCUAUAGAAAUGCUAUAAGAAUAUUCAUUGCCAGAAGAAAUUCCUUGUAGAGAAGAUGAAAAGAAAUAAAUUUUAGAAUUUAUAAAUGAAGGUUUAGGCAAUAAUGGUAGCUCUAAUUGCUUGUAUAUUUCAGGUGUUCCUGGUAUAGGAAAGACAGCAAGUUUUUUGGAAGUGAUUAAAAAAUUAUAAAAUGAAAAAAAAGAUGAAUUUACUUUCAUUCACAUUAAUGCUAUGAAUUUAAGUAACCCAGAAAAUUUAUACUAUAUACUCGUUAAAACAAUAACUGGGAAAAAUUGCACAUCAAAAUAAAAAGCCUGUUAAAUUUUAAAUGAGCUUUUCACUCGUGGAAAACUUUCAAAAACAUACUAAAGCUAUGGAGAAAAUAUUGAUAAUAAAAAUAAGGUGAUUCUCUUAGAUGAAUUAGAUUAUUUAGUCACAUAAGAUUAGGAUUUACUUUAUAACUUAAUGGAAUGGCCUCAUCAUAAAUACUCAAAAUUAACUAUUAUUGGGAUAGCUAAUACUAUGAAUUUACCAGAAAUUUUGAUGAACAAAAUUAAAAGUAGAAUGGGAAGUAGAAGACUUGUUUUUAAUUAGUAUAAUCAUAAAUAAAUACAGGAAAUUAUUGCUACUAGACUUAAAAAUUAGGAAAAAGUUAGGGAAGUGUUUGAGUAAAAUGCAAUAGAAUAUACAUGCAGAAAAAUUGCUAUUUCAUCUUCAGAUAUAAGAAAAACAUUGAAAGUGUUAAGAAAAGCUGUUGAAAUAUGUCAGUUAGAAAACUUUUAAAAUUAAAAUGUUACAAAAGUAACUAUUCCUAUGAUUUAAAAAUCGUAUAGCUAGUUAUACUCUUCUCCUAUUCUAUAUUCAAUUUAAAAACUUUAAUUUCAUCAUAAGUUGAUGAUUCUUUCUAUAGCUUUAGAAAAUAAGCACAGAGGAAUACCAGUAGCUUACUUGUCAGAGAGCUAUAAUAGAUAUAGAAUAAUGUUGAGCAAUCUAGGUAAAAACGAAACUAUUAAUUAUAAUCAAAUGAAAAUGGUCCUGAACUAACUUUCUGUUUUAAAUUUAAUACAAUUGAAGGAAAAAGAAAUAGUUAAAGAUACACAAUUAAUUGGUUUAGAUCCUAAUAAGAAACACUUUUGUCAUGUUGUUGACAUUUAAAUUAAUUCUAAUUUUAGUGUUGAUGAUGUCACUAACUCUCUAAAAGAAGAUGAAAUUUAUUUGAAAUUCUAACAUUAAUUCUGA